CUGAGCGGAAGGAUGCGUCAGGCGCCACGUCUGCAGCCGCGGCCACCAGAGCGAAGUGAGAGGUAACGAGCGGCGGAGGGAGACACGGUCCGUGCGUGAUACGGCGCUGUUACUGCAGAGAAUCCGCGGGAGACGGGAGAACUACCGGUGAGUGACGGCACCAUGAACCACAUAGAGAAGACAGAAGAAGACGUCCCUGCAUAUCUACGGGAGGAGACGCCUGAGGCCGCAGUUAAAGACCACCCUCAAGCCCAGCCCGGCAUGAUUUCCCGUGUAACAGGGGGCAUCUUCAGCAUAACCAAAGGCGCCGUUGGCGCCACCAUAGGCGGCGUCGCCUGGAUCGGAGGCAAGAGUUACGAAGUGACAAAAACGGCGGUCACGUCAGUGCCCAGCAUAGGAGUCGGCAUCGUAAAAGGCGGAGUGUCGGCGGUCACUGGGGGCGUCUCUGCCGUUGGCUCUGUGGUCUCCAGUAAGGUCUCUGGCAAGAAGAAGGACAAAUCUGACUGAGCCUAUAUAUAUAUAUGUAUAGAUAUGAUUCUUUUUCUUACGAGGACUGACCCGGCAGUGAUUUGGUGGCUGCAGAACAGUCGAGCGAUGAGCACACCACUUGUUUCUGCAGCGCCGGCGCGGUCCAUCCAGCGAGCAGAUGGGACCGCAGCAGUGAACACGGACUAUGAAGGGGUUCAUUGAAACUGCAGAGCAAAUGUUACGUUUUAUUACACCAAAUCAUGUGUUUCCAUUGUGUUUUUUUUUUUUUCUUUUUUUCU